GUGUUGAGCUGACUACAUAACAGGCACAUGGGCAGCUCAGUGUUAACAGCACAUGUUGAGUCUUGGCUGUGCUGGUUUUAUUCCAGGACGAGAUGAAUAGCAAUGUAUUUUUGGCAAGCCACUUGCUUAGAUCUGCAGUGUACAGAAGCACAGGCACCGACUAUCAUCAGCUCUGACAGUGUGUGUGUGCUGGAUCCUAGGCUUCUUGCUGCUAGUGUACAUGGGAACAGUCUGAGGGGAGAAGUGGACAGUCUCGCUUCACUAGAGGUUCCUAAAGCGAAUAUUACAAGUCACACAAAAUGACACGUGAAGAGGAACUACCUGAUUGGCAGACUUCUCAAGAGUUUUAUGAAAAUUAUGAGCCCAAAGAGAUUCUGGGAAGAGGAGUUAGCAGUGUGGUCCGGAGAUGCAUCUACAAGCCCACCAGAGAGGACUUUGCUGUGAAGAUUAUUGACAUUACUGGUGAUCACUUGACACAACAGGAAAUUGAGGAGCUUCGAGACGCUACUAUUAAAGAGAUUGACAUCUUAAAGAAGGUUUCUGGACAUCCGAAUGUCAUCCAGCUGAAGGACAGCUAUGAGUCCAGCACAUUCUUCUUUUUAGUCUUUGACCUGAUGAAAAGAGGGGAAUUGUUUGAUUACCUCACAGAACAAGUUACCCUGAGUGAGAAGGAAACAAGGAAAAUAAUGCGUGCAUUGCUUGAAGUUGUCGCAUACCUGCACUCAAAGAACAUUGUUCACAGAGACCUGAAGCCAGAGAACAUUCUGCUGGAUGAUAACAUGAACAUUAAGCUGACAGACUUUGGGUUCUCUUGUGAAAUCUUUGAAGGACAAAAGCUAAAAGAAAUAUGUGGCACCCCAGGAUAUUUGGCCCCUGAAAUUCUUCAGUGCUCUAUGGAUGAGUACCACCCAGGAUAUGGUAAAGAAGUGGACAUGUGGAGCAGUGGAGUCAUAAUGUACACCCUCUUAGCUGGAUCCCCACCAUUUUGGCACAGGAAACAGAUGUUGAUGUUACGGAUGAUUAUGAAUGGAGACUACCACUUUGGUUCUCCAGAAUGGGAUGAUCGGUCGGACACUAUUAAAGACUUGAUUGCACGGCUAUUAGUGGUGAAUCCUGAGAGACGCCUGACAGUAGAUGAGGCACUAGCUCACCCCUUUUUCCAGCAGUAUGCAGUAGAAGAGGUGCGCCAUUUUAGUCCAUACAGAAAGUUUAAGGUGGUUUGCUUAACAGUUCUGGCCUCCGUCCGUAUUUAUCACUACUACCGUCGAGUGAAACCAAUUACCAAGGAGAUUGUUGUAAGGGACCCAUAUGCAAUUAAGCCUAUUCGGAAGAUGAUUGAUGCCUGUGCAUUCAGGAUCUAUGGACACUGGGUGAAGAAAGGAGAACAGCAGAACAGAGCUGCUUUGUUUGAAAACACUGCAAAAGCCAUCUUGCUCUCCCUGGCUGCAGAGUCCAGGACAUCAUAACGUGCUGCUUCUGGAGGAAAUAAACUUGCCAGCACAACAGUACUCACGCAGAGACUACAUUUUCAAUACAAAUAAAUAUAUGUGUGUAUGUAAAUAUAUUUAUGCACUGUUUAUGCAAUACAACUUAUCAAAAACA